AAAGGCGUGCAGAGAAAAAAUACUGGCGAGGGGAGGUGCACCAAAGCGAGUGAUCUCAGACAACGGCGUACAAUUUACAAGCAGAAAGACGAAACAGACAGAUGGAAAAUAAAGAAGAUAAAUUCAACAUUUCGGCCCGGAAAUUCAAAGAAAGGAUGGAUGAAAGUAUCAGGAACAAAGGUGUCAGCACCAAGGAAAACAGCAACAAACAAAACGAUGGAAACCACGGCAGGACAGCGCGAGACUCGAGGAGAACAAGUAGCAACGCACAAUGAAGUAAUCCCAACAAAAAAGAGGAUCAGCUGGGCAAACCAGGCCAACCUACAGGAACAAACGGCACGAAGAAUCAGCGAACAACAAGGCCCGGAACUUUCCUGGGCAAAACAAGUGGAAGACGAAGAGUCCGACCGGGACGUGCUAGACCUAAACCCCGAGCGGCCAACACCAGAACCGGAAACCCAGAAACCCAUCCAGAGAGGCACCAUCCCGGGCGAAUGGGAGGUCCCGGAAAAAUUCGAACUAGCGACCACGGCGAUCGAACUAGUCAAAGCAAAACUCCACGACCGCCCAAAACACACUCAACGACGGUUCAAACUACGGAACGAGAAACAGGAGGCGUGUUGGGUGAAGAUCGGCCGAGCUGGAGAUGUCCGCAUCAGCGCAUGGUUCCAAACAAAGUCAAUUGGCGACGCUCCACUGGGAAAGGAGGGGGGAGUGUGACGCCCAGCGCCAGGAAGACCAAGCGCCGGCGCCACAAACACCACAACAAUAUCACUAGAAACACCAAGACAAGCCAUGAAGACUAUAAAAUAAGUAUUAGUAGGAUAAGUAGAACAUAAGCUACAAAUACAUGAAGACCUGCCACAUAAGAAAUAAAUAUAAAUAAACAAACAAUAAAAGAUACAUAAAA